CAUUGGUUUGCUCUUCUUGUCAUUUCUCCCCUCAUUUUUCUUCAAUGGCGUCUUCCUUUGAGGUUGAAGUGAAACUCCACUCUGCCAAAAACCUCAAGAACGUGAAUUGGCGGAACGGUCCAAACCGCCCAUAUGCUGUUGUUUGGGUGGAUCCAACACAAAAACGUUCAACCAACGUUGACGAGUCUGGAGACACUCAACCCAAAUGGGAUGAAAAACUCUUAAUCCCCUUACCACCAUCAGCAAGCAUCAACAAUUCUGUCCUAUUUAUUGAUGUUCUUCACUCUGAGCCGAACGACAAGCCACUCAUUAUUGGGUCAACUCGGCUUCCACUUGAUAAAGUGGAAACCGAAGAUGGAUCAAGGGGAAGUCGUACCUUGGAGUUGAGGCGUCCUUCUGGACGCCCGCAAGGUACAAUUGACAUUAAAGUCAGCGUAAAAAAUACUGGCUAUUGUGCGCCUUAUGGGGUUCCUCCACCUUAUGGGGCUCCAUAUGGUGCUCCACCUUCACCAUAUGGAAAUUCAUAUGGUACAGGUGUGAGUGUAACAUAUGGGAAUCCAUACAAUGUUGCACCACCUCCUCUGGGUUACCCUGUAGUUGCACCAACAUAUGGGUACAAUCAAAGCACUCAGCAUGGCCUAGGAAGUGGGCCGUCUGUGAAUGUGACUGUUGGAGGGACAGCGGCGCCGGAGAAGAACAAUCAGAGUUAUGGAUACGGUCAAGGUGGUCAGCAAAGUGGGCCAACUGUGAAUGUGACUGUGGGAGGGGUGGCACCGGAGAAGAACAACGCCCCACAGAGCUUUGGAUACGGCCAAAGCGGGCCGCAAGGCAGUGGUUAUGGGCAGAGUGGAUCAACUGUGAAUGUGAUCGUUGGAAAAGAAGUGCAACAAGAGAAAAAAAGUAGCAAGUUUGGAUUGGGAACAGGUUUGGUUAUGGGUGCUGUUGUGGGUGGAAUUGGUGCACUUGCAUUAGAGAAGGGUAUUGAUGCGAUAGAGGACAAGAUUGCAGAUCGUGUGGUUGAGAAACAAGAGAUUGAUGACUACUAUGAAGAGUAUUAUAAUGAGUACUAAGGGAUUAUUUUCCAUAAGAUUUCAAUGUGAUUGCAAUUAUGCAAAUAAAUCAAAUUGCUUAGAAUAAAAUGUAA